AUGGGGGAAGGGAGGGAUGAGGGGGAGAGGCUCGAAAUGGCAUCCUUUCCAGAACGUCUCACUACGUCAAGCUCCCCACUCCAAGAAAUCCAACAACCUCCAGCUUCUGCCAUUAGCAACACUGAACCGACCGGUAGAUCGAGACGUAACAAACCUCGUGUUCGACAACUUUCAGAUACAAAACUUCGUCAACAAAAAUUACCUGCAUGGCAGCCGAUACUAACUGCGUCAACAGUCAUACCAACAAUUUUUGGAAUUGGCGAAACGGGUGUCUGCAAAUCCGAAACAGUUGAAAUUAGUAUUGUUAUAGUGAAAGAGUCAAUCACGGAUUAUACAACAUGCAGUGUACCUUCACAGAACACUUGUGAAUAUGUGAUUAAAUUGGAUGGCGAUUUUCAGGGUGAUGUUUAUUUUUAUUACGCAUUAGACAAUUACUUUCAAAAUCAUCGACGAUAUAUGAAAAGUCGCAGUGAUAGCCAACUUCUGGGCAAUCUUCAGAAUGUGGGCGACUGUGAGCCAUAUGCAUAUUUAAACACAUCCUCAGGCCGGAAAGUUAUUGCUCCAUGUGGUGCAGUUGCGAAUUCCAUGUUUAAUGAUUCAUUCACACUGUAUCGUAAUGGGAGCAGUGAUCCAGUACCUUGGACAUAUAAAGGUGUUGUUUGGCCGGUUGAUAAGAACAGAAAAUAUAGGAAUCCACCUGGAAAGAAUCUUCAGCAUGCUUUUAGGAAAACUGUGAAACCUCCAAAUUGGCAAAAGCCAAUAUAUGAAUUAGAUUUAAAUAAUUCCGACAAUAAUGGAUUUUUAAAUACCGAUUUCAUCGUUUGGAUGAGGACAGCAGCUUUACCUGAUUUUAGGAAAUUGUAUCGUAUUCUAGUUCGUCACAAGAACCCAUUAUACAAAAAUGGCUUACCUGCUGGAA